AAGCCGGAAGAGCCGUCCAGCUGCUGAGCUCCGAGGAGGCUAACAGAGAAGCUAACGGAGAAGCUAACAGAGGAGCUAACAGAGGAGCUAACAGCCUCAGCGGUGGAAACAACCAGCCCUCCGUUCGUUGUCUAAAACAACACAGCUACCUUUGAGACUUUGAUUAUCUAACAUGGGAAAAGGAGGAGGAACGUUUGAGAGGCUUCUGGAUAAAGCCACCAGUCAGCUGCUGCUGGAGACUGACUGGGAAUCCAUCCUGCAGAUCUGUGAUCUCAUUCGACAAGGAGACGCACAAGCUAAAUAUGCUAUCGGGGCUAUUAAGAAGAAGCUCAUUGACAAAAAUCCACAUGUGGCCCUCUACGCACUCGAGGUCCUUGAGUCAGUGGUGAAGAACUGUGGCCAGACGGUCCACGAUGAGGUGGCGAGUAAACAAACCAUGGAGGAACUGAAGGAUUUACUCAAGGUGACGGAACCAAAUGUCAGAAACAAGAUCCUCUACCUGAUCCAGGCCUGGUCUCACGCCUUCCGCAACGAACCCAAAUAUAAGGUGGUCCAGGACACCUAUCAGAUUAUGAAAGUGGAAGGUCAUGUGUUCCCCGAGUUUAAGGAGAGUGAUGCGAUGUUUGCAGCUGAGAGAGCCCCAGACUGGGUUGAUGCUGAGGAGUGCCACCGGUGCAGAGUCCAGUUUGGAGUUAUGACAAGAAAGCACCAUUGUCGAGCCUGCGGCCAGAUUUUCUGUGGCAAGUGUUCGUCCAAGUACUCCACCAUUCCCAAGUUUGGCAUAGAGAAGGAAGUGCGUGUGUGUGAGCCCUGCUUUGAGCUGCUUAACAACCACCCCACCCUCUCUCCUCCUCUUAGGAAAGCUGAAGGUAAAGCCCCCGCCCCGGGCGCUGCCGAGCUGCCUCCUGAGUAUCUGACCAGCCCGCUGUCCCAACAAUCCCAGGUAGAAAUGCCUCCCAAGAGAGAUGAGGCAGCACUGCAGGAGGAAGAGGAGCUGCAGCUCGCCAUAGCUCUUUCCCAAAGCGAGGCUGAGGAGAAGGAGCGGAUGAGGCAAAAGAACUCCUACUCAAUGUAUCCCAAAACCCCUCAAGAUCCCACUCCAGUGACUUCCUCAGCACCACCGGUCAGCACCCUCUACACUUCCCCUGUGAACUCCUCUGCUCCAUCAGCUGAAGAUGUAGACCCAGAGCUGGCCCGUUACCUGAACAGAACAUACUGGGAGAAGAAACAGGAAGAGGCUCGCAAGAGUCCCACCCCCUCGGCCCCUGCCCCUGUGCCUAUGGCCGAGCCCCUUCCGCCAAUCAGUCAGCCAAUCAGUCAGCCAAUCAGUCAGCCAAUCAGUCAGCCAGAAAGUCAUGUCCCCGUCCAGCCCCCAGUCAACAUAGUGGAGCAGCAGUACCAGAACGGGGAGUCCGAGGAGAACCACGAGCAGUUCCUGAAGGCUCUGCAGAACUCUGUCACCACCUUCCUUAACCGCAUGAAGAGCAACCACAUGCGUGGGCGCAGCAUCACCAACGACAGCGCCGUGCUCUCACUCUUCCAGUCCAUUAACAAUAUGCAUCCCCAGCUGUUGGACAUCCUCAACCAGCUAGAUGAGAAGCGAUUGUACUAUGAGGGGCUGCAGGACAAGCUGGCUCAGGUGCGUGACGCCCGGGCGGCUCUCAACGCCCUCCGGGACGAACACAGAGAGAAGAUGCGUCGCGCCGCAGAGGAAGCAGAGCGACAGAGGCAGAUCCAGCUGGCGCAAAAACUGGAGAUCAUGAGGCAGAAGAAACAGGAGUACCUGGAGAUGCAACGACAGCUGGCCAUCCAGCGUCUCCAGGAGCAGGAGAAGGAGCGGCAGAUGCGUCUGGAGCAGCAGAAACACACGAUCCAGAUGAGAGCCCAAAUGCCUGCUUUCUCUCUGCCCUACGCCCAGAUGCAGUCUUUGCCCCCCAAUGUGCCGGGAGGGGUGGUGUACCAGCCUGGUGCUCCACCCAGCUACCCGGGCACCUUCAGCCCUGCUGGUUCUGUGGAGGGUUCGCCUAUGCACAACAUCUAUAUGAACCAGCCUGGGCAGACUGCACCACCACAGUACCAGGCCAUGCCCAAUGCUGCCCCAGAUCCCAAUAUGGUUAAUGCGUACAUGUACCAGCCUGCAGGCACUAACGGGCAGCCUCCUCCUCCUCCUGGUCAGGCCCCGCCCACUACUAGUCCACCCUACUCCAACUAUCAGCCCACACCCACACAGGGCUACCAGCAGAAUGUGGUCUCUCAGGCCCAGAGUAUGCCCCCCAUGCCCCAGCCUCCCCCCACUAACGGUAUGGGUUACAUGGGCUACCAGCCGUACGGCAUGCAGAACAUGAUUUCAGCAUUGCCGGGACAGGACCCCAAUAUGCCCCCCCAACAGCAGUACAUGCCAGGCCAGCCGCCAAUGUACCAACAGGUGGCGCCCCCUGGUGGCCCCCCGCAGCAGCAGCAGCAGCAGCAUCAACAACAGCAGCAGCAGCAUCAGCAGGUCCCUCAGGCUGUGCCCGGCAGCGCAGAGGCACAGCUCAUCUCCUUCGACUAAAAGCCCGCACACUGCAGGGUCCGACACACUACACCCUCUCUCUCCUCCUCCUCCUUCUUCAGUCUUUCCCCCCCUCACUCUUCGGACUCUCUGCUCUCUGGAAACACACACCUCCCACCCUUCCACCUCGCUGUGAUGUUGUGGCAAUGUAAAAUAUUGUGAUGAUGUUGCAGAACUGUCGCUCUCUUUGCCUCGCCCCCCACUGAUGUACGGGAAUGCGGGGUGAAGCUGCAAGAGAGGGCACCAUCACCCAGACCCUUUCACCCUCCUCUUCCCUCUUUCCAGCUGAUGUAUGUAGUAUUUCCUUAUUAAAUGAAUAACCGAAGCUCAGAAAUAGUCAGUGGUAUUAAAGUAAAAAAGAAAAAAAGCAUAAUAAGUAAAUAUGAUAAUAAUUGAGGAGAAAAAAAAGACAAGACAUAACCAUCCUUUGUCUCAUAUUUUUCUAAAGCAAAAUUUGCAUGUUAAAUUUUCAUUAUUUUCUGGAAUGGAAGUGAAUUAUUGCAGCGUAUCCUAACCAUCUGAUUGAGAGACAUCUGUAUAUGCUGUUUUAAGAGACUGUAGGUGUGACGAUGAAGAGUGAUGUCUAGGGGAGAGAAAGCACAGUCAAAAGGCCUGAAAUAAAUGGCGCUAAUAUCUCACAUCUCCGUCAGCUUCACAGCUCGCCAUUACAGCUGUUAUUUCGGUUCCAUCCCUUCUCAUGCUGCACACAAACUAGGGGUCAUCUUAUCUUGUUUUGGCAUUUAUUUGUUGUGCACCGCUUGGAAUAUUGAGUGUCUUAAUGUUAAAUGACGAAACAUUGCAGGGAUUGUACAUUGUGGGGAGCAGUGGUAGAAAAUUAGCCGGGUGGUUGCUUAAUCCUCAAUAAAUAUACUUUCAUAAGUUAAAUCAUCAAAUGACACAACUAGUGACCAUACAAUAUUCAUACUAAAGCAGUACAGCAACUCUAAUAACAUCUCUUUAUUAAAACGAUUUGUGUUACCACCACAAGACAGGACUGAAAGAAGACCUUAACCUAUCAUUAACCGCAAAUGGCCUCCAGGCGCCCCAUGCCGUGUGCAUUUGGAUGUACCUGUCACAGAUGAGAAUAUUUACAUAGUUAAGUACGUUAGGUGGGAACUCUUUUCUAACGUGUACUCGGCUCUCCAGAAAUGUGGAAAUGCUUGCAGAGCGAACAUUACGUGCCGCAUGUAUUUAUGUAUCACACACACCCAAUCAGUGAUUUUCUGUAACCCUUCAGUUUCCAUCUGUGAACUUCUUUAUGCCACCAUACUGAUCUGUCUGACUUUAAAGGUAAUUUUAAAAUUAUAUUUAAUAAAUAUCUGGUUCUUAUUGUCCA